AUGGAGACAAAAGUUCACAGAUUUAGAUUUUACAACCCUAAGCCAGUACCAAUUCAGUGUGUUUCUUAUGACAAAAAUAAUAAACUCUUAGCUUUGGCAAGAAAAAAUGGAAGUAUUGAAAUAUGGGAUGUUAAUUUUGCUCCAUUUCUAAUAAAGUGUAUACCUGGUGGAGAAAAUUCUUCAGUUGAAGCUUUGGCUUGGGUUCAUGAAAGGUUACUUUCUACUGGCCUUGGGGCUGCUUUGGUAGAAUGGGAUCUUGAAAACUCAUGUAUAAAGAAAAGUGUAAUGCUAACAGGAUAUGCAGCAUGGUGUCUAGAUGUAGACGAGGCUAAAACAAUUGUUGCAGUUGGUACAGAACAGGGUUAUGUAAAUAUUUAUUCUGUCAACAAUGGUGAUAUUGUAUACAAGAAAUUGUUUGAUAAGCAAGAAGGCAGAAUAUUAUGCUGUAAAUUUAAUAAACUUGGAAAUACACUUGUUACAGGAUCGAUAAAUACAAUUCGUGUGUGGGAUGUUAACACUGGUCAUGCAACAUGCCGCAUUUCUUGUACUCGAAGAGGUGAAGAAGUAAUAGUGUGGAGUAUUGGCAUUUUAUCUGAUAACACUAUUGUGUCAGGUGACAGCUAUGGUCGUCUUACCAUUUGGGAUGGUACUGUUGGGGAUCAGAUUGAAACUUUUGUAACACACAAGGCAGACAUUUUGACAUUAGUGAUAUCUGAUGAUGAAAAUUCCCUUUACUGCAGUGGAGUCGAUCCGGUAAUAACAAUGUUUAAGAAAGUUGAAAACACUGAUAUUCCAUCUGAGUAUCGCUGGGUAAAAAAUAUACAACGAAAUAUACAUGAACAUGAUGUCAGAGCACUUGCAAUAAAUAAGGAUAGAUUAAUAUCAGUAGGUGCUGAUGGGUAUGUCACAUUGUCUAGUUACCCUCCAAAGAAGGUAAUGAGGAUACCACCAAUGCUACCAAUGCCUCGAACAGCUGUAUCAGCAGAAAAGAAAUUAUUAUUAUUAAGAUUCAAUAAUCAUCUUGAAAUAUGGAAACUUGGCUCUUAUGCUGUAAACAAUAAGGGUGAUGUCAUUAUCAAUACAGGAAUGAAACAACAUAGCGAGGAAAGCGAUAAUCAACAGUUAGAAAAAGAUACGGAAAUUCCGUUUAUAAAAAAAAAGCAUCAUGAAGAAAAACAAAGAACAUUACAAAUUUCAGAAGAACCAUUAAAAAUUACCUCAAUACAAACAAAAGGAAAGAAAGAUUUAGUGUGUUGUAAUAUUUCACCGAAUGGAGAACUGAUAGUUUAUUCUACUGAGAGUGAUGUCAGAAUGCUUAAAUUGGAUGAAGACCAGGGCAACAUAUCUCUACAGAAGUUACCCGUAAACGAGUUGAAGUGUUGUGAUCGAGUGACGUUUUCGGAGGACUCAAAACUGAUGAUCGCAACGAAAGGCACUGAUGUAUACAUUAUGCUGGUUGAUGCGGAUGUGGGUGCGACCCUGAUACAGACCAUAUCUACCAAAAAGCACUUGAAAAAUGGCUCGAUACUGCACAUCGCCCUUUCGAAGCAUGCUCAAAAUGGACUGUACAUUGCUGCAGCGGAUACUAAAGGCGAAAUUGCUGUGUGGGUUAAACGUGCGAAAAAGUUUGAAUAUCUACUUAAUUUACCCAAGUAUUCGUGUGUACCAUCUGCUAUGGUCAUUCACAAUAUGAUGCUUAUCGUGACUUAUGUGGAUCAAGAGGUAAUCCAAUACGAUCUCGAUCAGCAAAAGUUGUGUAAAUCGAAAACUGACAAUGUGACAUUUUGGCGCGGACGCAAAAUGGCCGCCAACGACAUAAUCCCGCAUCCAGCACGAGAUGCUUUAAUAUUCACCGAUGAGACCGCUAUGUGGGUGCUAGAUAGACAGAAGAUGUCAGAAAAUUAUGAACCUCAAGCAAAAAGAAAACAAAAAGGUGCCCAUACGAAUGGAGUAAACAUAAUGCCAGUUAAGUAUUUGGCCGGGUUUCAUUGGCUGGGCGCUAAUGAGGCUGUAAUUGUUGAGACGUUACCUGAACAAAUUUUGAUGCAAUUACCGCCCGUUUUGAAAAAGAAGACACACAAUAUGGUGGAAUCAAAAUAA